AUACAGUAUAUCCGCUGCAUGUACUGUAUAUAUAUUCACUCAUUCAGGCCACAUUGAUCUGAGGUUCAGCCACACUUCAACUGAGGAGAGACAGGAUGGGUGUACUUGUGAUGCUGUUGCUCUCUCUACUGCCUGGGCUGUGUGAGGCUGUAUUGACACAAAAUCUCGCUCUUGGAGCCAGUGCUGUCCAAUCGUCUACAUACAAUUCCUAUGGAAUGGCAUAUGAAGCUGUAGAUGGAAAGAGAGCUACAAAUUACAAGCACACAUUAUGCGCUCAUACUGCGUUUCAAAAUAACCCUUGGUGGAGAGUUGACUUGGUGAAAGUCUACCAGAUCACCAGGAUUACCAUCACUAGCGGUGGAGAGCAGAUCAGUGGUGCCGAGAUCCAUAUUGGUAACGGAUGGGCAAACCACGGCAACAGCAAUCAGCUGGCCGUGACAGUUCAGUCCAUCUCAUCUGGAGGCACACUCUCAUUUAACUUUAAGCCUAUCGAGGGGCGAUUUGUCAACGUUUUUCUGCCUGGAAUACACAGAUCUCUCAGUUUGUGUGAGGUUGAGGUUUUUGCAGAAUACAAUCCCACUUGUGUUCCGGGCAAUCUUGCUCUUCGUGCCAAAGCUGUCCAAUCUUCCACACUCUUUGGAUUUAAUGCCCAUAACGCUGUAGAUGGAAAUAGAAAUCCAGUUGGCAGACACGGGUCGUGUAGUUGUACUAACGCUGGCAGACCAUCCUGGUGGAGGGUUGACUUGAAGAAAGCCUACAGAAUAAGAAAGGUUACCAUCACUGCUCUCAGGCACGGUAGAGCAGGAAUUAAGAAAAUACAGGGGUCUCUGAUUCGUAUCGGCAACAGCCUGGUAAACAACGGCAACAACAAUCCAGUGGCUGCAGUCAUUCAGUACAUUACACCAGGAGCCACAAAAACCUUUGAGUUUGCACCUAUUUAUGGACGAUAUGUCAACAUUGUUGGCAGAAACCCAAAACUGUGUGUGUGUGAGGUUGAGGUAUUUUGCUGGUGAGAUAUACACUUGAAUAGAGAAGGUGCUGUAUGUGUGUGUGUGUGUGUAAGUUAAUAAAACACACAUCCAAGAAAAGAAAAUACAAAUGAACUAAAUGAACUCAAAUGUCUACCAAUGUCAACAAAUAAAAAUAUUAUUACAGUGA